CAAUCCAAAAUGGCGGAUGUCAGUGAAGCUGCUCUGCCCCCUGCAAGCCAAGAGGUUAAGGAUUCAGAGGUUGUUUUCGUGGAGCCYGCUCGAAAGAUACUUAAACCAGCUGACAUAGGAAAGUGGGAAAAAUCGCAAUACUAUCAUGAUUUACUUGGAUUUAUCACACUACUUGGUGAUGCAAYAAAAGGCAAAAAAAAUACAUCUCCACGGCAAAUUUCUGAGGUAUGUCAAAAAGUUAUUGAUAUUCUUGAUUGUAUGGACAAGUGGAUAGAUAAGAUACCGCCAAUAGAACAGCCACAACGAUUUGGUAACAAGGCAUACAGAGACUGGUUUGAUCACAUGCUUCAGAAUGUCCAAUCAAUGGCAGAAGGAUUAUUACCGGAAAAGUUUAAGGGAGCAUCAAUCGAACUUGCAUCUUAUCUUAAAGAGGGCUUUGGAAAUAAAACAAGAAUAGACUAUGGCACAGGUCAUGAAGCUUCAUUUGUUACAUUUCUUUGCUGUUUGUAUAAACUAAGAAUCUUCCAGGAAUCGGACCAAGAGACCAUCGUAUUUGAAAUAUUUAACAGAUAUCUUCAUUUAAUGCACAGACUACAGAGUGUUUAUCAUCAACACAUAUUUCCAAAAUCUUUCUUGAAAGAGGAUAUCAUAGAGUCUUUUCACGAGGACUACAUGUUCUUGGAUUGUAUCAGGUUUAUCAAUACUAUGAAAACAGGGCCAUUUGCUGAGCAUUCCAAUACCCUGUGGGGAAUAAGUGGUGUUCCCAAUUGGGAUAAGGUUUAUUCUGGCCUCAUAAAGAUGUACAAGAAAGAGGUGUUGUCAAAGUUCCCUAUCAUUCAACACUUCUUGUUUGGUACAUUGAUGUCUGUUGAGCCUACAGAUCACUUCAAAAAACCAAAAUGAUAAUGAGCUGACGUGCAAAGAGUGGAUAGAAAUGUGUAACAGCACUAUGUUCACRUACCAUUAGAUUUUGCAACUCUACAAAGAAAAGUGAAAAAAAUGACAAUUAUUUCAGCUGUCAAUCAUGAUUACUGAAACCUGUGUGACCAUGCUAAAAGUUAACGUUGUUCGGUUAUCUUUUGCUGGAAAGGAUUGACAAAGAAAGACAUAGGUACGAUCAUUCUAUAUCAAGAGGCAAAUGGUCAAAAUGAUGAGUGUAAGACUUUGUGAGAUUGUCGAACCUAACCAAUUAAUUUUUUUUUAAAAAGCUCCACUGCUAAUAAUAUAUAAUAUGYCCUAUUUAUUUCACAAAAUGGGACUUAGUAGUGUCAUUAUACAUGAGAUUGCAGGCAAAUUGGGCAGCUAAACUAAGGUAGUUUUUCAUUUUCGUCUGAUAUGAAUUUACAGACUUUCAAGCCAAAGGAUGUCCAUUGCCAAACAAAAUGAAAUCAGUACUUAGGAUAUCAUUUGAAGGACAAUAAAAUAUUAAAUACAGAUAUCAAAAUACUGCUUUAAUAAUAUUAAAAUGUCAUUAUGCUUCAGUAAUUCUGCCUUGUUUAUAUCGCAUUUCAUAAUAAAUAGAGUUCCAUUGUUC